AAUGGAGCUCUUUGGUUAUUCAUUGCAGUCAAUCCGAGUCUUCAUGGCCCUUGCGUGUUUGGUCGACUUGGUGUUCCGAGUAGCCAAUGGACAACAUUCAGCCUUUAUCGGUUCCAAAUCCGACAGUGUCAAAGAUACCUUCCCCGCCGGCGAUGCCCUCGUUGACGCCAUCCUCAAUGCCACUGCUGAUUCCUUCGACACUGCCUUAAUUCUUGCCUUCCCUAGGCCUUCGCUGGAGCCGUCAGCAGCACCAAUACCACUGGGGGUGGAUUGGAUAAACCAGACAAGCGCAGCAGAUCAUCAGUGGAGUGCUGUCACGUAUGGCAACGGAAUGUUUGUAGCAGUGGCAUUUGGAGGCAGCGACAGUAACCUUGUAAUGACCAGCCCUAAUGGCAGGAACUGGACAAGCCAGAGAAGUGCAUCAGAAGCUAGUUGGUCCAGCAUUACAUACGGUAAUGGCAUAUUUGUUGCGGUUGCCAAUGCUGGCAGUGAUCCUAUCCGUGUCAUGACCAGUCCAAAUGGCAUCAAUUGGACAAUGCAGGAAAGUCCUCCUGAACAAGACAACUGGAGAAGUGUAACGUACGGCAUGGAUAUGUUUGUUGCACUUGGUGCAGAAGAAAAUGGAGAUGUCAGCAAGAAGCUUGCCAUGACUAGCCCAAAUGGUAUGAAUUGGACACUCCAGACAACAGAUCCUUUGGGGUUUUGGAACAGUGUUAUAUACGGCGAUGGAACCUUUGUUGCGGUUGAGUUUUCUGGUGGGGUUGACAACCAGGUCAUGACCAGCCCCAAUGGAAUGAAUUGGACAACUCAUCCUGCCCCAGCAGCUCAAUGGAUUAGUCUGACGUAUGCCAUGGAUAUAUUUCUGGCAGUGGCUAUAUUCAGCUCUGACACUGAGCAGGUCAUGACCAGCCCCAACGGGAUAAACUGGACCAUCCAUCAAAGCGCUAAAGAUGCUUGGUGGAGUAGCAUUACCUAUGCAGAGGCUGAAAAUGUCUUUGCUGCAGUGGCCCGAUCUGGUGAGGUCAUGACCAGUCCCAAUGGUAGGAAUUGGACUAUCCAAGAAAGUGGAGCAGCUGCACCAUGGAGCAGUGUCACCUAUGGCAAUGGAACAUUUGUGGCAGUCUCUUACAAUGGUGAAGUCAUGACAAGUCAGACUGGCUAG